AUAUUAAUUCUCGGAUAUGGUGCCACACCGUCAGGAAAGUCACGGCUGUUCCUUAAUAACCACCCGGCGCGUCUAGUGCGGUAGCAUGCACCAUGCACAUUAAGUCUCCAGUGUUUACUCAAAGUGCAUUUACGUGUUUAUUUGGAACACUGUAUCUAGUGCGAGGAGCUUCCGUUUCAUUCUCCUAGUUAACAUAGUUUUUACGGGCUUCUGUUAUUAAAUGGAAAAGACGGAGAAACAGAGUACCUUCAGCCCAGUUGGACUGCAGGCUACCGAUUUUUUACCGCAGCUGAUUGUACAUGAAAAUUCUCCCGAGAAUAAACAGGAAUAUGAGUCAUUUUCCGUACUGGUACAGCGCGCUAACGACUUCCUUCGGAGCAAUCCUCAUCUUACCGUGAAUACCUGCGAAAGUGUCGAAUUCCGAACACCGAACGGAUACAGCAUUGAGACCAUCACCUCAGUGUACAUAAAUUAUUACGAGUAUCCAAAGUAUCCAAAGUUCAUCCGAGGCUUGCGAUUAUGGACGCAAGAGAAAGCGCAUUGCAAGGAAUACGAAUGCGAACAGAUCGGGUACCUCAAUUUUGUCCCGCUGAUCGGCGGCGCUGUGGGUAUGGAAGGCCUCGACACUCUCGUUGCGCGAGUCAACCGGCAGAUUACCACCGAUCCCAUUCCCGGACAUGUUGUUACCGUUGAAACCCAAGCAGUCAAACUGGACCCUACAAAUAUGGAUCCUGACCGGACAAUCCUCGUCGAACGAGGCACGGACAGAGUAGUGUUUAUCAACUUUAUCCGAAUCUUCUACAUUCUUGGCCCGGAACAGCAUUGCCAAGUAGGCCUUCACGACUUUGUACCGGGCGUUGUCCAAUUCGCCGGUGACGGGCAUGAACUAAAAAUGGAGACUUUUGAAACGGUUAUGAAGGGCGCGUCACAAUGGCUGAUGUCUUUGCCACCCAAUUAUCGACCGGUCAAUAUUCAGACGGUGAUACUGAGGUGGAAUACUGAUGAAAAAAUCGACACUAACCGAAUGGAUUUUCACGAAGAAAAACAUUAUCAUUUAACUUAUCUGAGGUAUCUUCGAGUCAGUUAUGUAACAGAAGAUCCACAGGAAGGCCCCUCAGCACGCCCUUUGAUCCAGUUACACUCAAAGCUCAUCGUGCCAUUGAUGCUCAAAAAGGCCGGGACAUUCGAAGAUCAUGGAGAUUUUGAGACCCAGGACGAAACGCGCACACGGGUGAAUGCGUGGGUCAGAGCGACCGGUGCGCGGGUUGUGUCGGUGGAAAGUCUGGUGUUGCGUAUUUACGACGGCUCCGGGACACAUUUUCGUGGAUAUACCGACAAUUAUCCCAUGCAUGUUAGAAAUGUAUUCCAUAAAAUCAAAGGCAUCACGGGACGUACGGAUGAAAAGAUGAUUCAUCUGUACCGGGUGUACACGGAUGGCGAGAAUGCCGAUCCCAAUGAUUGGCGGGAUGCUAAUGAUUUCGAUUCGGAAUGCGUCGUAAUAAUGGAAUUACAACACGUGCCCAUGAUAUCGCCUGCAUUGGGUCUGCAGUCUGUUGAUUUUCUACCGGAAAUCACAGGAGCUAACGGUCCCUCCAACCGACCGGAAUACGAAUCGUUUUUUGUCCUGGUGCAACGGGCCAAUAAUUUUCUACGUGGUAACCCCCAUUUUACGGUGAACACGUGCGAGAGUGUGGAAUUCAACGUUGGCAACAGCGGCCGGAAAAUUGAUACACUGAAUUCUGUGUAUACUGCUCAUGGACACACCGAAACGAGGUACAUAAGGGCGCUGCGAUUAUGGAUGCAGACGAAAAGCAGUCCCGAUGGCGUUUGCGAUCAGAUUGGAUACGGCAAUUUUCUCCCGCAGAUUCAGGGCCAAGGCAGUACAUUCAGCGUGGAGACACUGGAUGGCGUAAUGGCCAGAAUUAACCAUCAGUUCCAACAGUAUCCCAUGCCGGGACGUAUUAUUACUAUCGAAACGCAGCCGAUAAAAUGGGGAUCAUCAGCUUUGGACCCGGAUCGCACAAUCUGGACCGAGCGUGGCUCCGCCAGUACAAAUUUCGUUAACGUCAUCCGCAUCUUUUUCCUACAAGGUCCGGUGCAGCGGUGCCACGUCGGAGUACAGGAUUUUCUUCCGGGCACACUGCAGACCGGUCUCUUGCUGGGGUGACCACCCGGUCAUGGAGAAUUUCUCCAUUGUAGCACAGCGUGCGCGCGACUGGCUAUUGUCUCUGCCGCCAAAUUUUCAGCCGGUCAAUGUGCAGACUGUAACCUUUCGCUGGAGUUUCAACCAGGGCGCGGAUACAAAACUCAUGACGUACCAUGAAGACAAACUUCGGCUAAAUUAUUUGAGAUAUUUACGAGUGGGUUUCGUCGUACUGGACGCCUACGACGGAUCGGCACCGCGUUCUCUCAUCCACUUAGGCUCCAAACUCAUCACCCCGAUUAUGGCCGCACCGCCCGGAUGCUGCAGCGGUGGGGCUUUUGAAUCUCAGGAAUCGACGCGCGCACGGGUUGACCACUGGGUUCGGGCUACCGGCGCCCGGGUGGUUUCAGCCGAAAGUCUGAUGAUGCGACUCGAGGGCGGAGGCGAAAGCCGGUAUGGAUUUGAGAGUAUGCACACUUGGAAUGAAACGGUCCGGCGCAACAAAUCCACACGACGCGCCGAUGAGCAGUUUGUGCAUCUGUACCGGGUGUACACCGAUGGACACUACCAGGAUCCACCGGGAUGGAAUAACAGUCCGGAACUGGAGCAGUAUGCGGUGACGACACGAAGUCGGCGCAGUCGGAAUUUAGCGAUCUUUGUAGGGGUGCUCGUGUUGAUUGGGGUUAUUUUGGUUGGAUCGCUGGUGUUUACUGGCGGUCGUCGCUCUAAAAGUUGAUGCAGUUAAACGCUUUGAUUUUUUGCUGACACAAAAUUACAUUUUAUAAGAGUAAGGGGAAGAGUAAUCUCCAGAUUUUAUUUUUCUGUUUUUGCCUUUUGUAACAAAUCAGUUUCCGGUCGUGUAUUAGUUGCAUGUGUGCUGGGUCGGCUAACAUUCAGUAAUGAACUAUUUAAUAUUAUAUUUUAGAAUUAGAAUUAGAUCAAAAAUAUAAGGAGGUAGGUUUUACAGGACUCGUAUACUGUGCUUAAUUAAUCAAUCUUUCGUUCUUUGAAAUGUUUCUGUAGCCUGUGCGUAUAUUUGUGAUUGGAACAGAUCGCCAACAAAAAAGGCAAAAAUUAAAGACUGACAACUAUCGGUGUUUUAAAGUAU